AUGGACGCUGAAGAAGGAGACCGCAGGAGACCUCGGGCGGAGUCCGGUGCAAGUGUAAGAAACGAGGGCCCGACUUCUCCUACCCGGAGCUCUCGCUUCAGAGAUGAUGCCGUCUCUCCGAGAGGAAGAACCUCAGAUGUCGCCGAAGAUGAUGAUGGGGGUAUGCGCCGACGUAGCUCAGCUAGACGUAGCGGGGAUGAGCCAAUUCCAAGUCUAGCCCCCCGAACAACCCUCGCAGGUCGAACACAGGGCAAGUUCACUCUUGCCGGACCUGAUGAGACACCCCAAUUGCGCUUGGCCCAAGAGCCUUUCGUGCAGCCUGGUUAUGCUGAUUUGAAUCCAUCAUACGAGCAACCUUCCAACGCAAAGCCAGUAUGGUCUUUGGCCAAGCCACUGCCCCGUGUCGUGAGACCAGGCAUGGUUCCUACCAAGGAGGAGCUUCUUCAGCAACGGGCCAAUGCCCAGCUCCCGACCGAGAACUCUCAGAGGCUUGGGCUGGACGUUGAUCCCAAUGAGGUUGAGGCGGGGAGGAUCGAAAAAACCUCCGACCCGCGGAAAAUGGCGGCGCAGGUUGAGGAUGCUCGGUUGCAGCGUGAGCAAGCCUUCAUGAACAAGGUUCUGAGUGGUGAUACUCAAUCUACACGCCAGGGAUCACGCAUGUCCCGUACCUCGUCUACUCGCCGCAGACGUACUUCUGCUUGGAACGGCUCUCACGAUGCCCUGUCGGUGGUCCAGGAAGGAGAUUCUCAAACAGAGGAUGAACCCGCUAGACCGGGUGAAUAUUACAGCGAUGAUCCGCUGCGUCCCAUUCCUGAAUCGCAGGAACCAGGCUUCGAUCUCGAAGACAAGAUAGAGAUCCCGGCUCUGGAUGAAGCGACUACCCCCGAAGACCUGCACCCAUUGAUCCAGGAUCUUGUGGAAGAUGAGAUUCACAACAACCACACCACCUGGUCUGUCAUUCGUACACACCAUCGCGAGGCCCUCGCUGAGGCUCUUGCGGUCUUCGUCCAGCUGACCAUUGGUUUCUGUGCCGAUCUUUCGGUUACCGUCGCCAACGCAGGUAAUCCCAACACAACCGCUUGGGCUUGGGGUCUCGCUUCAAUGAUGGCCAUCUACAUAUCUGGUGGUGUUUCCGGUGCUCACCUCAAUCCCGCCAUCACCCUCAUGCUCUGGUUCUACCGUGGUUUCCCCAAGAGCAAAAUGCCCGAAUACUUCGCUGCCCAGUUCGUCGGUGCCUUCUGUGCUGCCCUCGCUUCCUAUGGUCUCUACUAUCGCUCAAUCCAUUACUAUAUCGCUAGUAAUGCUGACAGCGGUAUUAUCACCAGCUUCGUUACCAGCCAGCGCGAAAACUGGAUCGACGCAGGAACUGCCUUUGGCAAUGAAUUCCUGGGUACCACUUUCCUUGCAUGUACCGUCCUAGCGCUUGGUGAUGAUCAAAACGCUCCACCUGGUGCUGGUAUGAACUCUCUUAUCAUUGGCUUGGUCAUCUCCUGCCUGUCUAUGACUUUCGGAUACCAGACUGGUGCUGCCUUCAACCCCAGUCGUGACUUUGGUCCACGUCUUGCUUUGCUGGCGCUUGGAUACCCGAGUGAACUGUUCCUGAACCCAUACUGGUUCUAUGGUCCUUGGGUUGGUGCAAUCGCUGGUGCAUUCAAUGGCGCGUUCUUGUACGAUUUCUUCAUCUUCACUGGUGGAGAGUCUCCUGUCAACUACCCAUGGGAGCGAACGCAACGUGCCAUGAAGAAGAGCCGUAUGAAGUGGGGUCGUCGCCUCCAUAUUUCGAAGAAGGAAGACAACGUGACUCGAGUCUAG